AUGCCAACAUGUUUGACACACUUUUGCGCUGAAUGGCGCCGUGCUCGCCGGGUACUGUCGGUUCAAAACCUGGACUUGGAGACAAAGCGCGAACUUUAUGGCGUUCUGACAUCUGACCUACUUGUCGGAUGUGAUGGACCGUUAGCAGAAAGACAUGGUGUCGGAUUCUGGCAAGCAGAUUUCGACGAGGCUGCUGGUGUCCGGAUAUGGUUAAUGCAGACAGGAACGGUUGUGGCAGGAUCUACUGACGAGGUCGACACAAAUGAUGGAGACAACCAGCCUGACGAGAGUUUGAGCACGGCCAGUCGCUCCAUUAACUUGCGAAGCAAGUCAGGUGCCCUGGGUCUUUUGAAAGGUCUGGCUGCGAGACCGUCUCCCAAGAAACUUGAUGACCAGGCUUCAGUAUUCUCCUGGAAUCUGCAGCAGGUUGGCGCAGCCAAGAGUGCAGCAGCCGGUGAGCAUCAUCUGCUGUUUCGCAAUCCUGACCAUCCCAUGUCACAGUUUCCGAACGAGGCGAACAAGGAUGAGUUUGUGGGGCUGAUGAAGAAGAGCUUAAUGGCCGAAAGCCUUUUCUCCGAAGGCGUCGGGCCACAUCACAAAAACGAAGAGCAGGCUAUCGCAACUACACAAGAUGCAGAGGACUUGUUUGAGGCCUUGUUGAUCCAUCAGCAAAUCUGCCGACUGACGUCCGGAUCGGUGCUUCAACUCGGUCGUGUGAUGGACGAGCUCGUGAGGAGAUGGAGCAUUCUGACAAAGUUUCGCCAGCUUAUCGAGAGAGAUACUGCAACAAUAGGAACAUUCAUUCAAACGUAUUUCCUUACCCCCAAAGUGAAAUACAUCGAUUCCAACGAGAUUUAUCAUUUUUUCCGCGGUGGCCCCGGCCUGCGUGACGUGACGGUGGAAGAGGUGCUGUCAUCUCUCGACGAAGACGGCGACGGAAAGGUGGACCUGCAGGAGUGUCAAAGACAGCUCUCUCUCGUUGCACCGCCGAGACCGAGCCUUUUGGAACUAGGCAGCCAGCUGGAGCUCAAGCACGGACUGGGCCGCAGCGCCAUCAGCAGUGGACUGAAAGAGCCGGCCUCCUUGUUUGAGCACCUUUGUACGGUGGAGAAAGUUAGCCCUCCGCCAGAGGAUGUGGCACGCCUCUACCGAGCCAUCAAUAGCUCCCGGGCGAGCAGGGAGAUCGGCACUGAGAGUCUAUCGCAAAUGCUGCGGCAGCCGCCACUGGACAUUCAGUGGGGUGUGGAGGUGCACACCAUCCCAGCUUUGUACGAUGCGCUCGCAUGCCGAAUGUUGACCGUCGAAAGGAGCCGUCAGAAGGAUGCUGCAGUGCUGCCUCCAGAGGCUUUUGUGCAAGGAGAAGUCCCGGAAUUGCCGGAACUGGAGCGGCGCUUCGCUCACCUGUGGGACAUGUACGGCAGCUCCCUUGUUGGCAGUGUCUCUGCACAGAGCGCAUCCAAGUUCCGGGAGCAUUGCUUUGCAAUGUACCAGCAUCAUGCAGAUCAGAUAGCGGUAUGGAGAUCCAAUCACAGUGGUGAACUCCGACGUGGCCAGAUGGUCAGUGUUCACAAGUCUUUAUUCCCGAGCAUCGGGGACGUUGUUACCACGGCCUCUUGCCGCCUCGUAGCUGGGCAGACAUGUGUCGUGCGAUAUCGCUUGCAAGGGCCAUGCAGCUAUUAUGGGUCGGGCCAUACAGUUCUCAAGGAUGAGAGGGAGCCCGUGCCCUGGCCAGUCCCACGCAAAGUCUUGGGCGACACUCCCUUCAUUGCUUUAGUGCCACCGGGACUGAGCUACUGCGCAGCUGGAGGGGGUGGCUUCUAUUUGGGCCACCAGGCCUUCAACAACGUGGAUCCUAACUUGCGCGCGGACUUGCCCAAAAGUUCAGAUGGCCAGCCUCAGAUGUUGGGCCAUGUUGAGAUGUCGAUGCCUUCCUUCAGCCGUUCCCAGAGAGGCGGAAGUGGCAAGAUGCCAAAAAGCCAAGUCUUUGAAUUGCGGCUUUUCUGUUCUUCAAAGCAACGAAUCAUUGGAUGCAUCGGCGAGCCGGUGCAAAUGACGGUGUGGAAUCAGAUGCCGCCUCCACCUCUGGAGUCAUUGCAGCUAAGAUGCGAAGGCCGCAACGUGACGCUUCGCUGGAAUGCGUUGGAACUCCUGGACUUACCCAAGGAAGCACAGGCUGAUCACGUGAGAGUCUUGGUGAAGACUUCGACCUCCGAGGAGACCGUUGUCCUGAAGCCGGAGGUCACGGAGCAUGAGCUGCAAGACUUGAUACCAGACACCGAAUACGAAUUCCGUGUUCGGGCCGAGAAUGUCGCCGGCAGCAGUCGGGAUUGUGUGGCGCACUGCCGCAUCAAUGCCUACUGCCCUGCUCCUGCGGGCUUGACAUGUGCAUCGAUCGGGACGGCCCAAGUGGAGCUCGAGUGGUCCAGGCCAGGCAAGAUUGGAAACGAGGCAACCAAGGAUGCCUUUCAGAUCCACACAGAGCAAAUUCAGAGAUACAUCGCCACCCUGCGCGUGGUGGAUACAACUGGCGAGGACGGAAACGAGGAGGGCAGUGACGGGAGCAGCCCCAGGUCUGAUAAGCCUCACCGGAGCAGGAAACGAGCACAAAAGCACAACCUUAACCCGGACGCCGUGAAGGAAAGACCCUGCCAAUGGCUUCCUGAAGCCUUGCGGGAGGACCGGGGUCGCGGCAUCAUCCAAGCCACGUUGCUGGGUCUCCGGCCGGACACACGCUACAUGCUCUUCGGGCUCUGUGCGGAGAACUCGGUUGGCUCUGGAGCGUGUUCGCCGAAUCUGGAAUUCUGGACAAUCCCUUUGGUGCCACGCGUGGAGAGAUGUCGUGUGCGACAGGGCCAGGUCUUGUUGGCGCUGUCUGAGACCGGUGGGGCGUGUGUGCACGAGUAUGCCGUGUCUGUUUUAAAGGAAGGCAUGCCCGAGGACAACGCCGUAAGCUGGACCAUUCCUCAAGCUGCCUUGCAGCCAGAAGGCGAAGCUGAAGAGGUCAAUGCCGGCGCCGCAGAGGUGGUACGAGCUGGAACUCCGCAGGUACGAGCUGGAACUCCGCAGGUACGAGCUGGAACUCCGCAGGGAGUCCUGCAGCUCCCCGAGCUACCACUUCCUUUCGCCGAAAUGCCCGCCGCGGAGUCCACAGAGAAACACUUCUUGAGGUUGAGGGCUCGCAAUUCCGGAGGCUGGUCGGAGUGGAGCCCGUCUUUCACUACCGCCGCCAUCUCGCGGCAACAGGGUGCGGACUUAGCGGAGGCCGCAAUCAUCGCUGCGAUUACCUCACCGAGCAUCGAGCAGCUGGAGCAGGUCCUGCGCGCCAGCAAGGGAAUCGAGUUCCAGGACUACAAGUACGUUCACGAAGCACGAGCAUUGCUGCUGCGCUUGCGGGAAGUCAAGAACGACCUGGCGGAUGCAAUGAAAGCUCGAUUUCCGGAACAGCUCAGAGAGGCUCUGCAGGCUGCGAUUGAUGCAAAGCUUCAAGGCAUUGACAAAGCUCGAAGCCUCCUCGACAAGCUGGACCUCGUCGUGGAACGCCUGGACACGGCAAAGGGCCUCACCCCUCUGAAAGCUGCGAUCGAGGCAGCCGAGACGGCAAGGUUGCCCGAGGAGAUCAUCGUCGUGGGCAGGGAGCGCCUCAUCCGCCGAGAGGCAGCCCAGCAAGGGCUCGAGGAGGCUAUCGAAGCUGCACGCGUCCCGGAUCUCCUGGAGGCUCUCAAAGCCGCGGAAGGCAUGGAUCUCCCAGCAGAGCCCGAAGCACGGGAAAGAGUCGAGCUGCUGGGGCAGACGCAGGGGGCGCUUCAGAAAGCCAUGAGCACGAAGGUCAUUCCCGACCUGUCUGCGGCUCUCACACUAGCUAGCAAAGCCGGCUUGAAGGAGCAUCAGAUGAUCCACGAGGCUCGCUCCUUGCUCUCCAAGUUGAUGAAUCGACGAGAGAAUGUGAAGAAGGAGCUCGAGAAAGCUGUCAAAUUUCGCCAUCCUGUGAAGUUGAAGAUGACCAUCAUGUCCGCCCGCCUGGCGCAAGUCAGCCUAAAGCGUAUCCUGGAUGCGGAAGAAGUGCGGAAGAGGGUCGAGGAGCUUCUGGAAGCGAUGGCGGACGCUGCUGGCAUCGAGGAACGCGAGAAGACCCUUGCAGAUGCAGUCGCCUACAGCAUCCCAGCAGAGUUGCUGAAAAGAUUUGAAAUUGAACUGGAAGAGCUGAAGGCCCUGCACGACGCCAUCCGUCACGGAGACCCCGAGGUCUUGCGGGAGUGUAUCGAGAAGUGCGAAGACCUGGGCAUCAAAGUCGUGGAGCUUCUCGAGGCCAGAGUCCUUUAUCGGGAUUGGGAGGCGGCCUGCCAGAAGAUUGAAGUAGAGGCAUCUGUGCAGCGUGUGGAGCCACUUCGCACGGCAAUAAAGGCGGCCAAGGAUCUUGGUGUGAACGCGCUGGUGCUGGCUCGUGGGAACGAGCUGCUGAGACAUCUCGAGAAGCGCAUCCGAAUGGAACAGGAGCUUGGGGAAGCCUUGAAGGUCCACAAGCUUGAAAUCAUUGCCUCGGCCGUGCGAGCUGCUGGCGAUGCCGGUGCUCACGACCAUUCGCUCGUGACCAGAUCCCAUGACAUGCUGGAGGUACUGCAAACAAAGCGAGACAAGCUGCAAGCUGCUUCAGAGCGCGCGGAAUUGCACCUCAUGCAUGAGACGCUGAACACCGUGGUCCAGUCACCUGCACUCCCAGACAGCGAGACAUCCAGAGCGUUUCUCAAGAUGCGGGCUUUACGCAAGAAGGAACAGAUUCAGAUCGUGAGCAGACUGAAGCUGGCUCAGGAAGCAAAAGACUUUCGAUGUGGAAGUGUUCUUCUAGACCGCAUGGUGACAGCGCGGAAGGCGGAUGUAGACAUGGACAGCCAGCAUAUCGGGAGUACGGAGUGGAUGCAGCUGGCGGAGGUGGAGCAGAGGGAACGUAUCGAGAAGGACAUUCUGCAGGAACGCCUUUCUCGCAAGCAAAUGGUCUUGUCUGACCAGGCUCCAGAAGCUAGCGCUUCAUACAUUUUAUCGACCGGGGCCAUCGUCGGAACCAUGAAGGUCCUGUUUGAGCCGGUUGGGACGCAGAUCUGCAUCCUGCCUCGCGAGAUUGUCGAAGCCAACCUCCAGGUGAACCUAGAAGUCGGGAAAGGCAUCCCAGAAGUGGGUUCGCCAAAGGCGGUGACACCAAAGAAGUUGCAAACUCUCGAAGGAGAAGCAAACAUUCAGAAGAGCCUGGGUGUCAUACGAAAGAUCAUCGGCCGGGGUGACGAGGUCAAAUGCCUGAGACCGAUUGACCUGUCUUGGGAAGAGAAUGCCCGAGAAUCCGCGUUCCGAACGUUGCGAGGCCUGAUGCAGGUGCCGAUUGCCAUCUAUAUCCGCCGGGACCACCAGUGCUUGGAGAUUGCGGAUGCCAUCUGCCGUCGCUGCCACUUGGGUGCCGAUCUUUGGCAGUCCGAUGCUUUGCCAAGCUCAGUGAUCCAUCCGCUGGACUUCUGCACGGACCCGGAUCCAGUGACGGAAGACUGUUCAACAAAGCUUCGUUGGGAUGAUGCGGACGACGCGCUCGCUGCCCUCAGCAGGGAGCUCGCCUCCUCCUUGGUUCAAGUGAGCCGGAGCAUCACGCCACCUUGUUCGAAGCAGCUGGCCGAUUACACAAGGUCAGUCCGGGCAAGGGUCUUCCGCUCGCUUCACCUGGACUUCGCUUGGACGUAUCCGAAAGGAAUUUUCGAUUCGCUGGACGCCAGCUGUUUGAUGUUCGACCAGGAGAGGCUUCUCGACAUCAUUGAUGGCCGCGGGUCGCAAGCUUCCAAGUACGGCAUCAUAAACUCUGGACCGUACGGUGUGGCAUAUGAAAGAAGAAGCAAGAGCAAAGAAAGCAGCCCAGUACAUCAUGCUUCCAAGGAGAAGAUUUCGGCUAUCAACAUGUUUUCGGAAACCAACUAUGCCGAGAGCAGACAAGGCAAGCGGACGGUGGAGGUGCGCAUCGACAUGAUUCCGUCGCACGUGACCGAUCUCGUUUUUGUCGUCUCGCCUACAAACUCCCGGGACUUGUCCAAGUUCACCGACCUCCAGAGCAUGGUUAUCGAUGCCGAGUCUUCAGAGGUUUUGGCGAGCAGCUCUGUGGAGGAGCAGAUCAGUCCGGGACAUGAGUGUGCCGUUAUGCUCAGUGUUUACAGACUGGACGACCACCUUUGGCACGUGAACAAGAUCGAUGCCUUUGGCAAGGGGAGCCAUCGAGAUUACAAGCCGGUCAUCGCCAAAGUCUUGAGCCUGGGAUACCCGAGAAAGCAGGCCAUGAAGAACUUGGUCCCCGAUGUACUGAAGAGGAUUCAAGCAGAGCUCUCCGUGCCACAUCCCGUCAAAGACACGAACGUGAGGGUGAGUCGAAAAAAUGCGCUGGAGUUCGGCUACGCGGUUGAGCUGACUGGCGAUCAAAAGACGCUUUCGUCAGAGAUGCUGCAGCGAAUCGCAGAUCCCAUGUUCAUAGAGGCCCUCGCCGAGACGCUAUAUGACUCCAGCAGCAAUCGGAUCAGCAAGUCGCACUUGACAAUCUCUGAGGCAUCCUAUGGGGAGGCAUGGAACCUGGAGUUCGAGUUCAAGUACAAGUUUCCGGAGCAGGAGGAGGACACGGAGGAGGAUCCUACGAACUGUUAUUUGGAUGCCACUUGCGUCCUGUUUGAAGGCCAGGCUUUACGUGAAGUGGUGGACUACCGUGGAGCACAUGGCAUUCGCUGGGUGACAAAUGGUGUGCUGGACUAUCGCGGCUAUUGGGUUGGGCAGAUCCCGAUUGGAGAUGCCAGCGGUGGCGCGGUGCAUCACAUCGGUGGAUCCCAGAACUAUGCCGCAAGGGAAGGGAAGACGGCAUGUCAGGUCGAGUUGGAUAAGCUGCCGGCCAACGUCACUGACGUUUUCUUCGUGCUGUCCAACCAUACCACUCCGGUGGGUGCUUUCAGCGGAGUAUCUCUCCAGGUCAAGGAUGUGAACCAUCCGGGACAUGAAGUGACGGGGGUCUACGAGCUGGCUGCGUCUGACCCCAAAGAGUCAGCUCUGGUUGCCUGUCGCUGCAGCCGAUCGCCUGCACUGGAGACGGGAUUGUGCGAAGACACCUGGACACUUGACAUGAUGAGCAUCUCCUGUGGUGGCCAUGCUAUGGAUUAUCGUCCAGCUCUGCAGAGCCUCUAUGCCGCCCAAGCAGCGACCCGAAACACAAGAUCGGUGCAGUGGCCGUGCCGCGGAGGCAAUUCCCCAAGAGGGGCCCUGCAGGACCGGCCAUAUGGCCUGCCAGCAAUCAAGCGGCCGAUGAACGACCUGCCCAUGCUGGGCGUUAACUCCGAGCUACCUGAAGGACUGGCAAGGGUUCGGACUCCUUCUCGAGACGAGAGCUUACCGCCAGUGUCCGCCAGGAACAGACAACCCGAUGCAGCUGUGCCAAGCGCUGGCUACGGCAAGCAGGGUAGUCUUCCAAAAGGAGAUCCCGGAACGAUGAGCCUUACACCUUUGCCGCCCCUGGAUUCACCGAAGGCUUUAGCCAGCACCGGCUGA